GACGGAGCUCAGAGGAUGAAGAGCAGCUCCAACAUGAUCCGAGUGUUCAUCAGCUCCACGUUCACAGAUAUGAGCAGUGAGAGGAAAGCCCUGCUGGAGAAAGCUUACCCAGAAGUCCUUGCUUUCUGUCGCAAUCUGGGGCUGGUGUUUGAGGUGGUGGAUCUGUGUUGGGGGAUUCGAGGCGUCUCUUCUGGAGACCACGAGGCCUGUGAGAUCUUCCUGCAGGAGAUCAGGAACUGUAAGAGGAUUUCCGCCGGUCCAGCUUUCAUCGCUCUGCUGGGGAACCGGUACGGCCACCGAGCUCUUCCUCGACUCAUCCCGGAGAAGCAGUUCGAAGCUCUUUUGUCCAAACUUUCCAAAAACCCUGAAGGCGUCAAACAGCUGAGUCAGUGGUUCUUAAAAGACAACAAUGCUGUCCCGCCCACCUACAUCCUGCAGCCAAUCGAGGCUCACUUCCCCCACUACAGCGACCUCCGACCUGAGAGUGGGCCGCAGCGUGACAGCAAUGUCCUUUCCUGGCGCCUCACAGAGACCCAACUGUCGCAGCUCCUACGCUCCGCCGCCGCGGAUGCUGAGGCAGCUGGUGACAUCACAGCCGAGGAGAAACAGCGCUUCUACACAUCAGUCACAGAACGAGAGUUCGAGCACGGUUUGUGGACGGACGAUAGCCAGCUGUCCUCUCUGCUCUUCGUUCGAGAGAUUCCCCGCCAGAGGGGGAGGGACGGUCCGAAACGUUUCGCCAAGUUCAUAGACCUGACCGCCGACGGCCUGCUGGACGCGGAAGCUCAGGGACUCCUCACCGGCCUCAAGUCCCGCCUCUACGCCACGUUCCAAAAAAUCCUCAACCUGCAUUGCGUGGAGCUUAGCAAAGGAAGCAUUGACCCAAAACGCAAAGACCACGCUCAGUACCUGGACAGUGUCUGUGAGCAGUUUGUUUCGCAGAUGACGGCGAGGAUCGGGACAGCAGUUGAGGGAAGGCGUCGGAAGAUUCGGGGAAGCACUGAGGAAGAGAGGGAGGAAAUUCCAGACUGGGUGGUCGAGGAGGUCGGUCGGCACACUGCGAUGAGCACCGAGCUGUGCGGUGGUCUCUACGGCAGGGAGGGGCUUCUGGGUAAGCUCUGUGUCGCCAUGUGGGAGUCCACCAACGUCCACCACACUCCCCUGGUGGUGCACGGAGCUGGUGGGAUGGGUAAGACGGCUUUGCUGUGCAAACUGGCACAGGAGAUGCGUAGCGUCCUGGACGCCGGGGCGGUGGUGGCGAUCAGGCUUCUGUCAUCUCGUCAUCCUCAGAGACCCGACAUCGACCACGUCCUCCGCAGCAUCUGCCUCCAGGUCUGUUUGGCUUGCGGUUUGGCUCCACCCUCGCCGCUGACGGCCAACACCCACCAGGAGCUGGUGCAGUUCUUCAGAAACAUCCUCGCUGAGGUUUCGCAGCAGGGGAACACUCUGCUCAUCAUCCUGGACGCUUUGGAUCAGCUCUCAGACCGACACCGUGCCCACAAACUCCGCUGGCUGCCAGCCGACAUCCCGCCCAACAUCCACCUGGUGGUUUCCAUGGAUACCAACAGCGAGGCGUUUGCUAACGUGCGGCUGAAGUUGGAGACUUUGGGGAGUUUCUUUGAGGUGCAGCGUCUGUCUCGUGAGGAAGGGAAGCAGGUCGUGGAGUCAUACCUGCGAGCUUCCCAGCGGACUCUGACGGACGAGCAGAGCACGGCCGUGCUGCAGAGCUUUGAGACGACCGGCUGUCCGCUGCACCUCAAACUGAUUCUGUCCGCAGCCAGACGCUGGACGUCCUUCACCCCGCUCACAGACGUACACCUGGGUGCCAGCACACAGGAAAUGAUGUCACAGCUCUUCCUGAUGCUGGAGGAGAAACAUGGGAAGGAGCUGGUGGGCGGGGCCUUAGGAUACAUAGCUCUGGCAAGGGAAGGUCUGCUGGAGGCUGAACUGCGGGAUCUCAUGUCCCUGGAUGAUGAUGUCAUCAGUGAGGUGUACAGGUACUCCCUCCCUUCGACCCCCGCGUUGAUCAGGCUGCCCCCCCUCCUCUGGGCAAGACUAAGACGGGACCUCGAGGAUCAGCUGGAGGAGCGCUGGACAGACGGGGUCGCCGCAAUCGCCCUCAACAGCCGGCAUCUGUGGGAGGCGGUUUCAGCUCGGUAUCUGACAUCAGGACGAAGGGGGCGGAGCCUGAAGAUCAUAGCGGAGUACUUCCUGGGUCGGUGGUCUGGGAAACUGAAGCCGGCGUCUCUGCCCGGCCUCUCACUGCUCCUUUCUGACAGAAAGGUCCCGCCCCAACCACUGUGGUUUUCUCCAGGAUUGGCUAACAUCAGGAAGCUCCAGGAGCUGCCCUACCACCUCCUGCAUGCUGGUCUGUGGGACGAGCUGCGACAGGAAGUCAUCAGCAGUGCUGAGUGGCUCUACUGUAAGAGUCGGGUGUGUGGGCUGUCCAGUGUGAUCCAGGACCUGGACCAGUGCUCCCAGUACAUGGACUGCACUGAGACCAGGCUGGUUAGAGACGCUCUGGUCCUGAUGAAACCCAGUGUGGAUUUCCUGGACGGUCACAUGGAUAUGUCUCUGUUUUACACCGAGCUGUUGGCCAGACUCUGCUCCUUGGCCACGCCUUUCCCCGCUGUGAUUGGCCGGCUGUGCAGCCAAUGUGAGGAGUGGUUACUGACGUGUCCGGAGCCGAUCCUGGUUCCUAAGUGCAGUUUCCUGCGGCAGCCAGGGGGGGCGCUGCAACACACACUGACUGGACUGCAGGGAGGUGUCCUCUGUCAGGACAUCAGUGUGGAGGCGGAGCUUCUGGUUGCGGGUUCAGAUGACGGCGUGGUGGCGGUCUGGAGCCUCGCUGACCAGCAGCUCAUACACUCACUGUUGGGACACACAGGAGCUGUUCUGUCUGUCAAAGUGAUUGAAAGCUCCGCCCACUGUCUCUCAUUGGCUGCUGACGGCUCUCUGAGGAGGUGGAGCCUCACAAACGGCCAACAGCUUCUCUGCAUCCAGGAGGCAGUGCCUGUUGACUCCGCCCCUUCGUCAGUUCACCUCCACCUGUCUGAACCGAGCCAGCUGCUCUUCGUCUACAGCGGUACACAGGUGAAGGUGUGGAAGCUGGACAGCGUGGAGCUCCUCGGUAGCAGCAGUGCUGACGAAGGGUCGGUGGUUCUGGGAGUUCUGGAGGACUCUGUAUUUUCUCUGACAGAUUGUGGUGUGGUCAGAAUAUCUCAUCCUGUUAGCGCGACUCAAACUGUGGAGACUCAGCUGGAGAACGCACAGAGAGGUCUGACUCUGGGGAACUCUGUGACGUUACCAAAACACGGAAAAGUGUUUGUGGUUUCUAACGAAGGAUUCCUCUAUCAGGUUUCCAGGACGGGGCGACAGACAGCCGCUGAGUUUCCACUGGUUCCUUCUUUGCUUUCAGUGACUGAAGAGGAAAAAAUCCUGAUAGCAGGCAGCGAUCGGACUCUGACCCUCUUUAACAUCGACAGAGACUCUGUGGACAGAUUCCUCGACCUCCAACAUGACGACAGCGUUUUGUCUGCCUGCGUCUCGUCAGACUGCAGGCUGCUCGCCUCCGGAGCUGCUGACCAACUCAUACGAAUCUGGUCGGUGACCACGGGAGCGUUGUUAGACACUCUGUGUGGUUCGGACGCUCCCGUCACAUCAGUUGCUUUGUAUAAUGACUUCGUGGUUUCAGCCUCGACGGCGGCGACCUGCGUCCACCUGUGGAGUCUGAAGUACGACACCCACCACAAACCCACCACCCACAUCCCUGCAGGCUGCGCCCACGUCACUGUCUCUAGAGACGCAGAUCAGGUGUUCUUCGUCCGACAGCAGAGCCAGAAAGAAGUCAUCAGCUGGAACAACCACACAGCUUGCUUAGUUUGGCUCUCUGGUCGCAGCGUUUGCGUCUUGGCGGAGGUUUGCUGUCUGGAGAUAGUCAGCCACAGAGCGUUGUUGCUGUGCGGUCUGACCACCGCCCCGUCCUCAUCUAGCCGCUGGCCGUCGCCUGAGGAGACGCUCUGCAUGCCCCCCUCCGGAGAGCCUCCGUCCAAGGUGCUCUGCUGGCCGUCAGCCCCCAGGAGAAGCAACAUGGCGGUGGCGUAUGAGGACUCUGUGAGUCUGAUUUGAGGAUCACCCCAAGAGAGCAGCUUCACCACGGUGGAGGGGCGCCUGGAGGGUUUCCACCUGUCCCUCCUCCACGCCCCGCUGUCCUCCAUGGGCGGCUGCCUGUCCGACCGGAGGCUGCUGAGCGGGACGAGCCUGCGGCGGGUGAAGCUCAUACAAUUCAGCAGCGGCAGAGCUCCGAUCUGGAGUUCUCGCAGCAGAGUGACCUGUGUGAGGGCCAGUAAAUUCUGGGGGAACCACGCUCUGGUGGCGUCCGAGGACGCUGUUCAGAGGGCUGUGGGCCUGAACCCGCUGGUACCUGGACCAACACCAUGGAGUUACAAGGGCGACAGUUCGUCUUCAGCAGGAUUCCCAGGACAGAACCGUCAAACAGUCUGGGGACGUCGCUACAGAAACCUGCUGUACGUUCGGUACGUCGUACAUCCCCCGUACGUCAAGAUGUGGAGCUUCAGGAAAGCGGCUUCGUGGCGUUGUCGCAGGCAGGGGCUCCGUCAUCAAAGGGAGGUGUUCGCUGCCGCGGACCACAUCAGCCCGGUACUACAAUCUCUGAGGGCACGUCAAGCCCAGUACAGGGUUGUCUCCAGGGACAAGAACGGGGCAACCAGCAGAGACUCCCUGUCCGACCUCCAGGACUAG